AUGAAUCAGAUCCAAUUGUUGCCAGCAGGCGAUCCCGAUAACCCUGUUCCGCCCUUUACCGAAGAGAUUAUAGGUGAAAGAAUCUCCAGAAAAUUCAAGCUCCCAACCAUUAAAGCCUAUGAUGGCAUGGGUGAUCCCGCUAAUCACGUCCGGACCUUUAUGAACGCUUUAUUGCUCCAACCAGUCACGGAGGCAAUCAAGUGCCGUGCUUUUCCUCAGACCUUGAGCGGGAUGGCGCAACACCGGUAUAGUCGCUUACCCUCAAAUUCUAUUUCUUGUUUUGCUGACUUGAGUAGGGCCUUCAUAGGACAAUUUGUUGGAAGCAAAACAAAUGCUAAAAGCUCCGCCUCGUUAAUGAAUUUACACCAGGGUAACAACGAAUCACUCCGAGAGUACAUGAAUCGUUUUACCAAAGAAGCCUUGAAGGUCUCAGACCUAGAUCAGAAGGUAGCUAUGAUUGCACUCCAACAAGGUAUUACCGAUGACAACUUCCGUCGAUCUUUAGCCAAGAGGGCCCUUGAUAAUAUGAAUGAUUUACAAGAGAGAGCCGGGAAGUAUAUUAAGGCGGAGGAAAUCCUGAAAAAAUCCCAAACCAAUGGGGGACCGAGUACUAACUUCAAGAAGCACGGGAGUGACACCGAGUAUAACGUCGAGAAUAAAUACUCCAAGAAGAACGACGGUGAAAAGUCUCCGACUAAAAAGAAAUUAGGGCCGAGGUUCAGUUAG